UUGAUUGGUAAUGGUAUGUUUGGUUACUAUGCUAAGGAGGCUGUGUUGGACGAUAUAACUGUCAUUGGAUUGGAUAAAUUUGAUGGUGAAGCUUUUUUCAAGGUAGAGGGUAAGGAUAGGGAGAAGAUUAAGGAUGAUUAUGUUAAAUGGGAUGCGAAUAAAAAGUAA